GCAACAGAGAAAACUAGUAUUUCCAUAUCAGGGCACAAGACCUUUCUUCUCCUUUUCUUCACUUGAAAACCCCUCACUCGUUUAAGAAGAGUCUGUCUCACAUUUUGUAUUGACAGAAAAUGGAAGCGCAAAACCUUUCUUCACCUUGGCAGUUCAGCUGUGACUUAGAAGUUAAUUUUGAGUCAGAGGAGAAAGCUUCCAUAGUAUAUGCUGCUCUAAAUGUUGACAAAGAGCUGCAACCAGAUAAAGUAAAGAGGGUGAUGUCAGUCUCCGAUGGGAAGCUUGUAGUGCAUUUUGAAGCAGUGGAAGCUAGAUUUCUUCGUGCAUCAUUCAGCGCUUUUGUGGAUAUUCUGACGCUUGCAACGAAAACUAUCGAAGAAUUCAGCCCUGGAACGGAAUUAUGAGACGUGCUUUAGUAAUUUCUCGAUAGUUAUCCUCAAAUGGCUACUCUUGAUGGAAUUGACUUCAUGUCAUGAGUUGGUUACAAGAAUAUGGGAAGUCUUAAGAUACUGCUGUUUUACUCUGUAUACGUGCCUUUUCUGACAUAACAGCCUAUCGAUCUUGAUCUGUAUUGUUCUGAGCCCCUGUGCCUUAUUUAACCAGUGAAAUUCAAAUCAUAUUGAGUUGACAAAUUGAAGGAUAUAUUCUCCUGUGGACAUAUUCUCAAUUUCAAUGAUUGAACUCGAAUUUAAUUGGGUUUCUUCAUGAAACCUCUUUUAUUUA